AUGACUGUCGCUCAGACUCACCUCGUCACCGGCGGCAGCGGCUUCAUCGCGCAGCACCUCGUCAACGACCUGCUGCAAAGAGGUCUUCGUGUACAUACAACAGUGCGUAGCCUCGGCAAUGCCAAAAAAGUCGACUCGCUCAAGACGCUGCAAGAGAAAUACCCGGCCGGCCAGCUGAGGCUUUUCGAGGCCGACCUGCUCGAAUGGGGCUCGUUCAAAGAGGCCAUGCAGGGUUGCUCGGUAGUCCACCACGUCGCGUCGCCUUUCUUGAUGGCGGAGAAGAUCAAGGAUGGCCAGAAGGAAUGCGUCGAGCCGGCGCUGAAGGGGACCCAGAACGUGUUGGCGACCGUCGGGGAAACUGAAGCUGUCGAGCGAGUUGUGCUCACAUCAACGAUCGGUGCCAUAUUCGGCGAUUACGCCGACGUCCAAGAUCAGAUGGCAGGGAUCCUGUCCGAGGGAUACUUCAACGAGACCAGCACAGUGACGCACAACCCCUACCACUACUCCAAAGUGCUGGCAGAAAAGGAGGCCUGGGCAAUCGCAAAGCGACAAGACCGAUGGGACUUGGUCGUCAUCUGCCCGGGGCUGGUCAUCGGCCCGCCGCUAUCCAAGGGCUCCGACUCGGGCAGCCUGUUUCUUCUCGACGAGCUUCUGCGCGGGGACCUGUUCUUCGGCGUACCCAACCUCAGCUUCGCCACCGUCGACGUGCGCGACGUGGCCGCAGCCCAUAUCAGGGCGGCAGAGGUGCCGUCGGCCAAGGGGCGGUACAUUGUGGCGUCCAAGGAGAUGGCCACGUUCGUGGACAUCUCGCGGCUUUUUCGGAGACUGAGCAAGUCGACCCUGGUCCCGAAUCACCAGCUGCCCGAUUUUCUUGUGCGCGUAGUCGGGCCUCUGUUCGGCCUGACGCAACAAUGGAUUUCGAGGAACCUAGGGGUCAGCUUCAUGGUGGACAACAGUCGAAGUUCCACAGAACUGGGCCUUACGUAUCGACCGCUUGACGGGACGCUGACGGACUAUUAUCAGGCUUGGAAAGCUUUUCAGAAGUGA